UCCAGUUGUCCUAGUGCCUCUGUCGAGUCAGGCUAUUACGCGGUGUUUUAUUUUCCAUAGCCAUCAACCGAAUACGCCAAGUUGACUGGACGUAAGGCGCUUUGACUGUCAGUUUACAAGUGGACGUUGCGAGAGGAAGAUCGUAAAUUCGAGUCUUUUACUAUUGCACUCGUUCCUUUUCCCCGACCAACUAAAGUUUCAAUAAAACGAAAAAUUGCGUGCAUCUACAGGAUUGUCACCUUGUACUUAUGAAAAAAACAUAACGAAAAUGAAUUUUUUAAAAAUCACUGCAAGAUCAUUUGGAGCACAGAAUAUAGUACGAAAUUUUUCAGUUAUAAUGAACAAGAAUGACGAUUACAAAUCUGCAAGUUCAGUAUAUGACUUUGUAGCAACAAAUAUCAAAGGAGAGGAUGUUCCUUUAGAAAAAUACAAAGGACAUGUUUUAUUGAUUGUGAAUGUUGCUUCACAAUGUGGUCUUACUGCAACAAAUUAUAAGGAAUUAAAUGAACUCUAUGAUCGUUAUGCAGAAUCUCAUGGUUUAAGAAUCUUGGCAUUUCCUUGCAAUCAAUUUAAUGGACAAGAACCCGGUGAUGCUGAAGAAAUCUGUAGUUUUGCUAAUCGCCAAAAAAUAAAAUUCGAUCUUUUCAAUAAAAUUAAUGUUAAUGGCAAUGAUGCGCAUCCUCUUUGGAAGUAUUUGAAAAUGAAACAAAGUGGUACUCUGGUCAGUUUUAUCAAAUGGAACUUCACAAAAUUUAUUGUCGAUAAAGAAGGACAAGUUGUUGAGCGACAUGGACCUGAUGUUAAUCCAAACAAAAUUAGUCAAAACCUUGAAAAAUAUUUUUAAAAAAAUAUAAAAAUAAUUUAUAAUUUUAU